CUUCCUCGAGCCUAGACUCGCGCGUCAGUUACUGUUCGCGGGCGAGAGUUGUCAUAGUGCACGCUGUCUCGGGACUUAGAUUCUAGAGGAUGAUUGGAGUAACAUGGCUGCUGUUGGGUGCGGCGCUAGCAUUAUUUUGGGCAUAUUCGUGGUGGAAACACAGAUUCUGGGCAAAGAAAGGUGUGCCCACUCCGCCCGUGGUCCCCUUCAUCGGUCAUGCGCAUAAAUUGCUUCUCCCAGAGCCAAGAUGUAACUUUGAAAAAGAGGCCUAUUUCAACUAUAAUGGAUCAAAGUUAUGUGGUGUCUACAUCUUCCACGAGCCCAUGUUACUGGUGGGCGAUCCGGAAGUCAUGAGGAACAUUUACGUGAAGGACUUUGACCACUUUAUGGACAGAAGGACAAUAAACAUGCCGAACGAGAAGGACAAAGUAAUGGCCAACAUGUUGACUAUGAAGACAGGCGAAGAGUGGAAGAAACUGAGAGCCAUCAUGUCUCCCACUUUCACUUCAGGCAAAAUGAAGGGGAUGUUCCCGCUCGUGUGCAAAAAGGCCGACGAACUCGUCUCCUUCUGCCUGAAGGAAGCACGCACAAAGCCCUUUGUCGACAUGAAGUAUAAUUUUGGCCGAUUCACCAUGGACACAAUUGCUUCCUGUGCCUUUGGUAUUGAAUGCAAUUCACUAGUGGAUGAAAAGCCAGAAUUUGCUGAUAAAGUUGACGCUUUUUUCAAAAUUACACCGGGAAUGAUAGGGAGACUUCUUUUCUUGAGCAUAUUUCCUAAACUUGCCAAGCUACUUAAAAUGAGAUUUUCAGCACAAGCAACUGAUUUCUUUACGGAAGUUGCCCAUGAGACCAUGCGAGCGAGGCAAAGUGGAAAUAAAAGAGGAGACUUUUUGGAUCUCUUGCUAGAGGCAGAAGUCUCUACUGGCGAUGCCGAAGGAAACACGGAAAUGCAAGACGACAGUAAAUCAUCCAAGUCUAAACAAGCACUGGAUGAACUUACCAUCAUUUCCCAAAGUGUCUUGUUCCUGAUCGCCGGUUACGAUACAACAGCCUCCACGCUGGCCUUUGCGUCCAUCCUACUUGCCAAGCACCCAGAGAUCCAGCAACGCCUUCGUCAGGAGAUCAGUGAAAUGGUCGAGGAACACGGCGACAUAACCUACCAGGGGAUUAUGGAAGCCAAAUAUCUUGAUGCUUGUGUCAUGGAAACCCUUCGUAUGUACCCACCGGGGCUUUUCCUGGAGCGCAAGUGUAUAAAGGAAUACAAGAUCCCUGGCACGGACGUGACCCUCGAGCCUGGCUUAAUAGUGACAUGCCCGCUCUUCACCAUCCACCGGGACCCGAAGUACUGGCCUGAGCCCGAGGAAUUUCGGCCCGAGCGCUUCCUGCCGGAGAACAAGGCGAACAUCACCCACCUCACGCACAUUCCCUUUGGAAUCGGACCCAGGAACUGUAUAGCGAUGAGAUUUGCCCUCAUGGAAGCCAAAGUGAGUCUGGCCAAGAUGCUUCUUGCCACAGACAUGAAGUUGGCACCAGGACACGAAGAAAUUAAGAUUGAAUUUGGUUUUGGUUUGCUGAGGCCAAAAGACGGGGUUAACCUUCUCCUGACACCUUUGAAAGAAGAGUGAAAAAUGAAAGGAGAGAAAGAGAGAGAGAGAAAGAGUCAUUUAUUCCCAAUGAUUGAGAAAGGAGAGAAAGGAAGAACAUGUAUAACGUGCCUUAUCAGUAACGGAUUCCUGUACAUUAGAAGGGGGCGUGUGAAGCAAUUGUCUGAAAUCUUUCGUAUGUUGGAUAUGUCAUUUUCAAUUUUACCAUUACUUGCUAGCUAAAUUAAUGACAAUGUUAAUGAUGAUAACGAUAAUAAUUAUGAUAAUAAUAAUAGUGAUAGUAAUGGUGAUAUAAAGUCUUCCCUUCUAAGUGCAAAAACAAAGCAAUAAAAUGAAAAAAACGCAAAAAAGUCAUGUAAUUGGAAAGUGCAUGCUAUGAGUUUUAAGAUAAAUAAAUGCUCACGAUAUUUCUUUUUUCUUUUCUUUUCAUUUUUUUUAUUUCCCCUUUAUAUAUAUAUAUAUAUAUAUAUAUAUAUAUAUAUAUAUAUAUAUAUAUAUAUAUAUAUAUUUUUUUUUUUUUUUUUUUUUUUUUUUUUUUUUUUUUUUUUUUUCUGUUGGCAUGAAACUCCUAAUGCAGAAUACAUCAUCACACGAGAAGUCAAAGUAACAUGUAAAAUAUAUUAUGCAUUUACUUAACGCAUCAGUAUUUCUUAAACUAUAGUUAGUUAGAAACAAUACCCAUUUCUGUUAAUAAAAUUAGUUAUUUUUUCGUUAAAUGAUAUUGGUGCCAAAAGAUUAGAAUAGGCAAUUGAACAAAACUAAAAUAUUGAGUAGACAUAUUGUUGUUAUUGUUGUUGAUAUUUUUGAGUCGCUUUCCAUAAAAGAUAAUAAGAUAAAAUAACCAACCUUUCGAACUGACAUAAGAAAUAAGCAGAGUGCCAGGCCCAGUUGUUUCUUUAUUAGGGCUAUUCUCCGUUCCUUUCAACGAGGUAUGUGGUUGUGGUUGAGUUUAUUCAUUUAUUAAUUAUUAUUGUUUUUUAUAGAACUGUAAAAAAGAAUUUCUCCGUUUUUUUUUAUACUUAAAACUGUAAUAAACAUUUCGUCAUUCAAAGAAAACGACGCACAGAAAAGCAGCGGACGAUUUGUAAUGGUGUGGAUUACAAGAUAACAGAAACUGAUAUGUGUUUAUUAUGGGUAAUAAGAUGAUUAAGUAAAUUCGUUCUGGAGGACGAAUCAUGAAGUGAUACAAAUAAUACUUGUAAUGACAAAUAAAGGUAUAGAACAAGUUCUUUA